AUGAAUUUGGAAGAGUUUUUAACAAGUAGAAUGUAAGAGAUGUCAAAGUUUUAUAAUCAGUUGAAUAUUCCGAUAUGUAACAAAUGUGUAUAUGAAAAGAGGAUGAUAGAAAGUUCAAUUAUUAAGUUAAGGAAGAGAAAAAUGAUAAUAGAAAUUAAUAGUUUUAUGAAUAAAAGCAAGAAGUUUAAUAGAAUUUGUUUUUUAAUGAAUUUCUUGAGGAACCUUAAACUUAAUAAAAUCAAUAUACAAACAUCUUUGAUGAGAUACCAAUAAAAGGAGCAUCGAAACCAUUUGAAUAAUUAUUAUAAGAUUAGGGUAUAGUUGUAGAAUAGGUGAAAAAGAAUAAGAAAGAAUUCCUAAAGAAGGGAGCAAGAUAAUAUUUAUCUAAUGCUUAAACAAGAUCUGAAUUAUCAAAGAGAGAGCAUCAAGAGAUUUUGAAAAUGAAUAAUGAAAAUGCAGCAGAAUAAUAUUAAUAAUAAUAAUAACAAUAAUAAUAAUAACAAUAAUAAUAAUAAUAAAAAUAAUAAUAAAAAUAAUAAAAAUAAUAGUAAUAAUAACAAUAGCAAUAAUAAUAAUAAUAAUAAUAAUAAUAAUAAUAAUAAUAAUAAUAAUAACAAUAAGAAUAAUAACAAUAAUAAUAAUAAUAAUAAUAAUAAUAAUAACAAUAAUAAUAAUAAUAAUGUUAAUAACAACAAAAAAAAUUACCUAUUAAUUUCUUAUAGAAAGGUAAAGGUAAAUAAUGUACAUAAAAAGUGAUUGAUUCAUAAUUGUAAUUGGAUCAAUAAAAAAAUGAUGAAACCAUUAUUGAAUAAAAUGAAGAUAAAAUUGAUUUGAAGAAAGAGAAAUAGUUAUUAGAGUAACAAUAGAAGGAAUUAUAGAAAUAGAAAAUUUAGUAACAAAAAUAAUUAGAAUAGGAUAAAUAGGAAUUUGAAAAAUGGAAAGAAGAGGAGAAGAGAAAGGUUGAAAGAAUAACAAAAAAACAUUAUACAAUUUAAUAGUAAAGGUAAUAAUAAUUAACAACAAAAUAAUUAGAAGAGUUAGAUUGCUUAAGAAAAAGAGUGGCUAAAUAAAAUGAAGAGAUAAAAGAAUUAAAAUUUUAAUUAGAGAAAUCAUAGUUAUAGAUAUAAAAGAUGAACAGUAAUUAAAAUAAUUGCACUAAUAAUAUAAAUAAAAACAUUGUAUAAUCUACUACAUCAAGUAAUUAUUCAACAAAAGAAUCAUAUGCUUCAGACAAUAAAAUAAAUUCAUAUGCUUAAAUGCAUAAUAAAUAAGGAUUUAUUAAAGAAAAAGAUGAAUUCGAUUCUUAGAAUGGAGAAGAUGAAAAUAGUUAUUAAGAUGGAGAUAGUUAUGAGUAAGAGAAGAUAGAAAUUGAUAUAGUUCAAUUAAAAAAUCAUCCAAAUAUUUCAAUAGAUAUUAUUAAUAAUUAAAUAGAUGAAUCAUAAUUUGAAUUUCAAAAUAAUAAAUUUUAUGAAGAGUAUUUAGAAUAUUUAAAACAUGAUGAUAAAAUCAUUUAAUAAAAUUUAUCUGAGGAUGACAAGAUUUCAAGAACAUAUUAAAGUGGAAAAAAAGAAGUAUUUUAUAAUAAUGGAGUUAAAAGAGAGAUAUUUUCAAAUGGAUUUACUAUAGUUCAUUAUACAAACAAUGACAAAAAAUAAACAUUACCAAAUGGAACUAUUAUUUAUUAUUUUGGUAAAGCUAAAACAACAUAAAUAACAAUUUAAAAUAGAUUAUAAGUAUUAUAAUUGAAUAAUUAUUUAGAUUUAUCGAUUUUGUAAUAAUUAAAUAGAAAUUCAUUUUUAAAAUGGAGAAAAACAAAUAAGAUUCUCUGAUGGAACUAAAAAAUAUAUAUAUCCAAAUGGGGAAGAAGAGACAUUAUUUAGUGAUGGAAUAUUUUAAAAAGUAGAUAUAAAUAAAGUUAAGUAUAUUGAAUAUCCUAAUGGGAAUAUAGAGAUUUCAUAUCCAGAUGGUAGAGUAGAAAACUUAUUUAAGGAAGAAAAAUAUUAUUGA